UGGUCCCUGAGGCGGCUGCUGGGAUGAGGGGUCAGGGUGCCGGGCGCGCGGCCUUUCACCAUGUACACCUUCGUGGUGUGUGAUGAGAACAGCAGCGUCUAUGCCGACGAGGUGUUCCGGCUGCUGCUUGCCACUGGCCACUGGAAGCGGCUGCGGCGGGGCAACCCCAGGUUCAACCUGAUGCUGGGAGAAAGGAACCGGCUGCCCUUUGGGAGACUGGAUCGUGAGCCUGGGCUGAUCCAGUUGGUGAAUUACUACAGAGGGGCUGACAAACUGUGUUGCAAAGCAUCUUUAGUGAAGCUCAUCAAAACCAGCCCAGACAGGCUGAGUCCUGCACAUGGUUCCCUGAGUCCUACCUGAUUUAUCCAACCAACCUCAAGGCCCCAGUUGCUCCAGCUCAGAGUGGAAUCCAUCCACCGCUCCAUAGUUCAAGCACAGACAACAGAGAAUUUUUCCGGACUUCAUAUAACAGAAAGAAAGAGGAGGGAGAGGGCAACGCUUGGAUCACAAAGUCAUUAGCCAGAGCCAAAGGUGAAGGCAUCCUCAUCUCCUCAGUGGCUACAAAACUGUUGGAUUUCAUAGACAACCAAGGCCAGGUGCACACGAUCCAGAAAUACCUGGAGUUCCUGGAUCUGUUCCUGGAGCCUGGUCAUCACAAGUUAGACAUCCGAAGCUGGGUCUUGGUGGACCAUCAGUUUAAUAUCUACCUCUGUAGAGAGGGUGUCCUGCAGACUGCUUCAGAACUGUAUUAGGUGGAUAAUUUCCAAGAUAAAACCAGCCACUUGACCAAUCACUGCAUUCAAAAGGAGUACUCAGAGAACUAUGGGAAAUAUGAAGAAGGGGAAUGGAAUGUUCUUUGAGGAGUUCAGUCAGUACCUAACAAGUGCUUUGAACAUCACCCUGGAAAGUAGUAUCUUACUACAAAUCAAAGACAAAAGGAUGCCGCGGAGAAAGAAAAAAGUUAAGGAAGCCUCUGAAGCUCAGAACCUGGAGAAGAAAGAUGUAGAAACUACCAGUUCUGUCAAUGUGAAGAAGCAGCGUAGACUUGAGGAUGCAUACAUUGUGAUAUCUGAUAGUGAUGGAGAGGAGCCAAAGGAGGAAAAUGGAUUGCAGAAAACGAAGGCAAAACAGUCAAAUAGAGCAAAGUGUUUGGCUAAAAGAAAAAUUGCACAAAUGACAGAAGAAGAACAGUUUGCUCUGGCUCUCGAAAUGAGUGAACAGGAAGCUAGGGAGGUGAACAGCCAGGAGGCGGAAGAAGAGGAGCUCUUGAGGAAAGCCAUUGCGGAGAGCCUGAAUAGUUGCCGGCCUUCUGAUGCUUCUGCUACCAGAUCUCGACCUCUGGCCACUGGACCAUCUUCACAGUCCCACCAACAGAAAACCACAGACUCUGGGACCACUGAAGGCAUAUGGCAGCUGGUACCUCCAUCACUGUUUAAAGGCUCACAUAUCAGUCAGGGAAACGAGUCUGAGGAAAGAGAGGAGCCUUGGGACCACACUGAAAACACUGAAGAGGAGCCGGUCUCUGGCAGCUCAGGAAGCUGGGACCAAUCAAGCCAGCCAGUGUUUGAGAAUGAGAACGUUAAAUGUUUUGACAGAUGUACUGGCCACUUGGCUGAGCACACACAGUGUGGGAAGCCACAGGAAAGUACUGGGAGGGGUUGUGCUUUUCACAAAGAUGCCCAGGGUAGGGGGGACACAUCUAGGCACUGUCUACCUACCCCAGCAGAUGCCAAAGGUCUCCAGGACAUUGGGGGCACUGUACACUACUUCUGGGGUAUUCCAUUCUGCCCUGAUGGAGUAGACCCUAACCAGUAUACCAAGGUCAUUCUCUGCCAGUUGGAGGUUUAUCAAAAGAGCCUGAAAAUGACUCAGAGGCAGCUCUUAAAAAAAAAAGGUUUUGGGGAACCAGUGUUACCUAGACCUCCUUCUCUGAUCCAGAAUGAAUGUGGCCAAGGAGAUCAGGCUAGUGAAAAAAAUGAAGGCAUCUCAGAAGAUGUGGGAGAUGAAGACAAAGAGGAGAGGCAGGAGUCUAGGGCAUCUGUCUGGCAUUCAAAAACCAAGGAUUUCCAAGAAAGUCCAAUUAAAAGCUUGAAAGAGAAACUUUUGUUGGAGGAAGAACCAACAACCAGUCAUGGUCAGUCUUCCCAAGGACUCUUUGUUGAAGAAACUUCUGAAGAAGGAAAUUCUGUACCUGUCUCACAGAGUGUUGCUGCUUUGACCAGUAAGAGAAGCUCAGCCUUUAUGCCAAAGAGUUCUGCAGAGGAAAUCACCGUGUGUCCUGAAACACAACUAAGUUCUCCUGAAACUUUUGACCUUGAAAAAGAAGGCUUUCCAGAUGGCAGAGAGACCCUGGAUGAAGUAAGAAUAAUGGCAGAUAAGGAGGUUCUUCAAGUUGAUAACAAGAAAGAUGCUGAGAAGGAAAUAUCUACUUCUAUCUUCUCAUCUAGUGCCCAGGUAUCCUGCCCACUCUGUGACCGAGGCUUCCCACCCACAAAGAUUGAGCGACAUGCCAUGUAUUGCAAUGGGCUGAUGGGGCAAGAUACAGUGUUGACUCGGAGUCAAAGAGAGGCCUUGAAUAGAAGUGACAGUGCGACAGCUGCUCAGACUUCCCUAGACAUUGACAAGGAUGAGAAGUGUUACCUCUGUAAAUCCCUUGUUCCACUCAGAGAGUACCAGUGUCACGUAGAGUCCUGUCUCCAGCGCGCGAGAGGUGACCCAGGAGAUGAGCCUGAAGAGGGUGAGCGAGUACGCACAGCUGUGGGGAGGAAGCGUCCGCAGCGGCUGAGGAACCUAAAGGAUAAAGGCCAAAAUGAAGGUCGUCUCCUCCGUCUCUUGGAACAAUCUGAGUACAAGACUGCAGAUGCAGAGAUAAAGACCAAGUUUUCAGAAACAGGAGCCUUCAGGGUGUCUUCACCAGGGCUAGAAGAAGCAGGCUGCAGCAGAGAGAUGAAGAAUUCCCUUACACAUCUCGAUUCAAAUGAGUCUCCCAUCAAGUCUUUUGUUUCUGUUUCAGAAGCCACAGAUUGCUUAGUGGACUUUAAAAAGCAGCUUACUGUCCGGCCACGUAGCCAGACACAAACCAAAGCAGGCAGAGGAAGGAGGAGGAAAUCCUGAAUUUCUAGGGUCCGAAGGUUGGCAAAAUCAUUAGCACUAGAAGUCUGCCAUGUUUAUUAAGCCUUAGUGGCCUGCAGUUCAUUGUUAAGGAAGUUUUGCCCCUACAGUUUCUACUACCAGCAUCUACUCAGCAUUCUGGUUUUUAUGUUUUCUAUGAGCUAUACAGACAACUGUGUGUAGUGUUCUGUUUUAUAACAAUCUGUUUGAAUUCACGUAUAGUUAAAAAGAAAAUUUAAAUAUAUUUAUCUAUGUUUGUA